AUGUCCGGCGAUACACCAGCGUCAACAACAGGGCGUUAUUCUUCCAUCAACAGAAAGUUCUCUGGAUCAAUGAGUCCUGCAACAGGUCAUUCACAAGCGCGCUCGAACAAUACUCGCAAUCGAGUCCUUACAAGCAAGAUCAGUGCACCUCGUCCUAUCAACUUGCCAAGCCUACGUCGAGAAAAUGCAGCAUCAUCAGAAUGGUCACAGUCGUCGAAUACUUGUUCAACAACAUCCGUUAAUGGUGGUGUCAGUGCCAGUGGAUGGGGUUCACCUUCACCAGUAUCGUCACCUUAUUCUUCACCCCAAAAACUCGAUCAUGCCGACACUGCAGCCAAGACCGGAGAAUGGCAACAACAACAACAAAAUGAACAUCCACAACAACAACCAUCACCUGUGUUGAGCAAAACUUCUUCAUCUCAAGAAGCAUCUUCACCACCACAACAACCUCGUGCCUGGGGAUCACCAGCAAACACUGCAACAACGACUGCCACCACAGCUACUGCAAACAUCACAUCAUCCACCACAUCGGCUGAUUUCCCGACAGCUGCAGAAACAAUAUCAUCUCCUCCCACAUCCACAGUAGAAGCUGAUCAAAACAAGAAAUCUGAUAAGAAAGAUUCAUUGUCGUCAGUAUUAAGUGACCCUGAACAUUUGGAUUGGGACGAGCUUGUACGUCAAGAUCUUGAAGAGCAUCAUGAUGAAGAAAAGUCUGAAGAGAAUAGCCCAUCACCUAAUCCAGUGGAAAAUGAGACUACGGUGCUUCCUUCGGAUCGAUUUACCCAAGAUUAUGAUCGCAGCUAUCCACCUCAUAUACUUCAGGUGACUGAAGACCAGGAACGGCAUUACAAGGGCUACCGUGAGAAUUCACGACGUGAUGCGUAUAGCUGGAGGGAGGGAGGUGGUGGAGGAGGUGGUAGUGGAGGCAACAACAACAACAACAACAUGCGCAACCAUCGUGAUCGACGACCUUCAGGUGAUCGACUUUGGGGACGUAGCACCAGCAGAGAUCGUCAAUCGGAUCGUGGUCGUUCACAACAUCGAUAUGAGAGACGUCCUAGUUAUGAUAGGCGAUCAGGUGGCGGUGGUGGAUCAUCCGUCAACUUCCAUCCUACCAUUAUGCAACGUCCACGCCGUAUGUCCGAACACAGCGCACGUUCAGAUCGAUCAUCAACUCGAGAUGACCAUUCAGUUCAUGAACCAGCACCCUCUCUUGACAGCUUGCCUGAAACAUCAUCCACUUCACCUACGAUACCUAGACCAAAGGAGCUCACAGCUGCACAACGUGAAUACAUGCAUACCGCCGCUGAACGUGCAAAGAAACGACGUGAUGAAGAAGAAGCCGAACGUGAAGCCGCUCGUGAACGUGCACGCAAAAAGGCUGAAGCAUUAGCAGCUGCUAUGCAAAGCAAGGAAUCACCACCACCAAAGACACCAUCAUCUGAAGAAAAGGCAUCUGAAGAUAAGGCAGCAGAUAAUGAGGUUCCAAAAGAUGAAGAACAGCAGCAGCCAAUGAAGAAGGAAGAGGAGCCAAGCAAGGACAUCAAAGCGGAUGAGUCGAUAUCGAAUGAGAGCAAUGCAGUGGAUGAGAAGCCUGAGGUGACCAAGGAUAUCAAGGAUGAGGAAAGAGAGGAUUCCAAAUCUUCUAAGCCUGAUCAGCGGAAGGUUGAAGAGAAGUCUCAAAAGACAAAGGACUCUCGCAAGAAAUCCAAAAAGAAGGAAGACAAGGCUGAAGACACUGCAAACAAAGCUGACGACAACCGAUCUUCAACAUCCAACAAUGAACGUCAAAAGCGUAAAACAAAGAAACAAAAGGAUAACAAAGAACCCAAGAAGGAAGAUGUGGAUAAGAAUGAGGAUACUUUGAGGGAUUCGGAUGAGGAGGAGGUUAUGCAAUGGAACGAAUACGUUGAACGAGUGCGUGGCAACAAGGACAAUGAGACCUUCACCCCUACUUCAGGUGCAUCGGCAUGGAGUGCUUAUGCGGAUCGAUUGCAGGCUAAGGAUGAGGAACGGUGGAAUAAUCAAGUGGAGCAAUAUGCAGCUGAGAGGAACUUGGAUCCUGCUAUGUUCAAAGAUUUACGUCAAUUUGAUCGACUUGGACGACGAGAUCGGCCAUCAACGGGCGACAAAGCUGUGGAUGACAAUGAUAGUGCAAGUGUCACUGACAAGCGCAAGAAGGAUCGUAAGGACCGUAAGGAAAAGAAAUCUCGUCACAACGAUCGUCGUCGAUCUCGAGAUGAAGAACCGAAGCUUGAUAGCGAGGAGCAAUGGCCUUCACUUGGCGAUGAUAUCAAAGCAGAUGACAACACCAAAGUAGCCGAAGCAACAUCUACAUCCACCACAAAGGCCAAAACCAAGCGUGAAAGGAGAAAGGCCAAAGAUGCUAUGAAAAAGGAUGCCGAGAGAUCUACAAAUGAUGAUGAGAAGGAGAAGGAUGAGCAAACAUCAACAGCGACACCAGCACAUGAUAUUUCACAAGGAGACAAACAUGACAACAAAGCAGCUUCUUCUGUGACCAGUGAAACAGCUUCAUCACCUAAAGAAAAAGAGCCAGCUACUACUACAGCAACUCGUAUACCCAAUCAGUCAUCAUCCGAGCAUAUCGCUGUUACCACUGAAGAUGUCCAGGAAGAUUGGAACAGGGCACAACGUCGCCAAUUUUUGAUCAAGUCUGGUCAUCCUAUUUUCCCUACUCGUGUUGAAUAUGUUGCUACGUUGAAGCCACCUUAUUUGAAUUUCAUGACGACUAUGGAUGGGGUUGAUUCCAAUAUGCUUAUGGAUUUGAAUGAGCAGACAAGACAUUUAUUGAUCAAAUCGCCCCAUGAUGUACCUGAUGCUGCGGUUGAUGGUGUUAUGUUCACUGAGCAAGAUCGGCAACUGGGAUACCAAAUGCAAAUGCCAUUGGCGACUACAUUACCAAGCGGAGCAUCCAAUUAUCCUCCAUGCUUUAUAUACUCGACAAUGCCACCCUUUGCAAAUGGCACGUACAUGCAUACACCAAUGUAUGCCCCUCGACCCGAUGGCCAACAAGUAGCAGCAGCUUUCCCUUCUCCAACAACACAAUCGCAGCAGCAACAGCAGCAGCAGCAGCGACAACAACCAAUGAUGUAUUAUAUGCCUCAUCCACCACAGCACGUGUUUCCCCCAUGGCAAGGAAUGCCGCACGUUCAACAGCAACAACAAACACCACCACAACAACAAUUUAGUAACCAACGACGCCAUCGAUAG